GGGGGGGGGGUGCGGUCAGCGCGCGCGCACGUCGUCGCCACAGCAUUCCCACGAGCCUGCGGGACGGGCCCUUUGUAGAGAAUGCGCUUCACGGCGCCCUCACCCCGCGGCUUAACGCGGGGAGCGCAGGACCAGCGGACAGCACGUCCCGGGCCCCGCCAGCGCCCACCUGACCGCCCGGCUCCGCCAGCUGCACCUAGGGUUACAGCCUUGGUGCCGCGCACGCGCAGUGCUCUGGCCCCGCCCUCUGCAGCCGAGUGCGGAUUGGUGGGGUCGGGCCACGUGGGCACACCGCCCUCUUCCUCGCAGCAGGGGGCUCGCCCGCUGGCUUGUUUCCGGUUCGGUGGGUCCACGAUGACAGAGCCGGGCGCCUCUCCCGAGGACCCCUGGGUCAAGGCAAGCCCCGUGGGCGCGCACGCCGGCGAGGGGAGGGCGGGUCGGGCUCGCGCACGUAGGGGGCCCGGAAGACGAGGGGCUUCCCUCCUGUCCCCAAAGUUCCCCCCGCUCUCCGGGCCCCGGGGCUGCAGAGAAGACAGCUCUCACCCCGAGUGUGCCAAGGUGGAGUACGCCUACAGCGACAACAGCCUGGAUCCCGGGCUGUUCGUGGACAGCUCCAGCAAGGGGAGCGUGGUGUCCAGAGCUAACAGCAUCGGGUCCACCAGUGCCUCCUCCGUCCCCAACACAGAUGACGAGGACAGUGACUAUCACCAGGAGUCGUACAAGGAGUCCUACAAAGACCGGCGGCGGCGAGCACACACGCAGGCUGAACAGAAGAGGAGGGACGCCAUCAAGAGAGGCUAUGACGACCUUCAGACCAUUGUCCCCACCUGCCAGCAGCAGGACUUCUCCAUCGGCUCCCAGAAGCUCAGCAAAGCCAUCGUUCUGCAGAAGACCAUCGACUACAUCCAGUUUUUGCACAAAGAGAAGAAAAAGCAGGAGGAGGAGGUGUCCACACUCCGCAAGGAUGUCACAGCCCUGAAGAUCAUGAAAGUGAACUACGAGCAGAUUGUGAAGGCACACCAGGACAACCCCAGCGAGGGGAAGGACCAGGUCUCGGACCAGGUCAAGUUCAACGUGUUUCAAGGCAUCAUGGACUCCCUGUUCCAGUCCUUCAAUGCCUCCAUCUCUGUGGCCAGCUUCCAGGAGCUGUCAGCCUGCGUCUUCAACUGGAUCGAGGAGCACUGCAAGCCUCAGACCCUGCGGGAGAUCGUGGUCGGCGUCCUGCACCAACUGAAGAACCAGCUCUACUGACCGCCCCAGGAACCCGCGGAGCUGCCGGCGGACAGCCCUCGCGCCCCCGCCGCCCGGCUGCGGAGCCGGCAGGCCCGGGACUGGACUGAUGCCUCGCACUGGUCAGCUGGCUCCUACUGGGUGUUUGGUGUUCCUAGUCCCGUUCCGUCUGCGGUGGAGCUGGGCUGUGUGUUUUCUUUUUUGUGAAAGCUUCUGAUUAAUUUAUUAUAUUGACCAUAAAGCUCAAACUUGCCCAGUCUUCCCCAGCCCCACGGAAGUCCCUGGGGGCGGGGGUCUGCUCUGAGAUCCGAGAACCCCCGGCCUCAGACUGCUGCUCACGAUCCCCUCUGUUUGGAAACUGCUUUGUCUCCUGGGUAACGGCGGCCCAAGUGUGACCAUCGGACAGCCGGGCGGGAGACAGAGGAAAUACUCCCCUAGCCGCGUAGCGCCUGGGCCAGGGCCGCCUCGUCCGUCCGAGGGUUUCCCCGCACCCCGCUCCGGGAGAGAGGGGCAGCUCCCUCCAUCUGCUUCUGCCUGCUCUGUUCCCACGGGCAGCAGCACCUCAUGAGACCGCAGGUGUGACACAGCACUACAUACUUGAAACUUUUUAUUUUUCUAAACACCAAAACCACAAUUUUGUUAAAGCUACAAUUCUGGAAAGUUAACUGGGCCUCAAAACUAGCCCCAACCCCUUUUCUUAAGGCGGAGGGAGGCUUUUGCUGAGAGAUUUCUUUUUUAAAGGUCUGUUUUCACCUACUUAUGUUAAGCACAGCAACAGAGACAGCCGUUUUGUCUGCGGGCUCACUCGCCAGAUGCCCACAGUUGCUAGGACUGGGCUUGGCGGAAGCCAGGGGCCCAGGUCUCCAUCCAGGUGUCCCAUGUGGGUGCUGGAGCCAGCCUCUGCUGCCUCCCAGGGGCAUUAACAGGAAGCGAUGGACGUGCAGUGGCUGGGACUUGACCCCGCGGUGCCACCCUGCCACCCCAUCCCCGCAGCCUUUCUGUCACACUUGUCCGGGUCUGUGUCUCCCAGGCGCCCCAGACGCUGGUGGGUAACAGCCUCUCUCCGCCCCUGUCCUCCAAGUUCCCCUCCAAGCCUUCCUCAGGUUUGAUAUCUGGGAGGUUUGACUAUCCAGAGGAAAUGGAAUAUUUUUAUAUCAAAUUAUAUUACAAUAAAUAUUGCCAAAUGCUUUCCUUGA